UUUAUCAUGAAGUUGUUGAUCCUACGAUCUUCUUCUUGCGUGAGUGUGUGGAGGUGUGAAGGUGUGUGGAGGAGGGGGCUCUUCAGUGGAGGGAAGGAAGAAAAGAGUGAGAAGAAGAAGCAAAUAUCUCCAUGGUAACCACGUACGGUAAACGCACAUGUAUCGACUGAUAUUUCUGUCUGUAGAGUUUCGCCGUAAUCGUGGGAAACGAACUGAAGCUCCAGACCACCUCUGCUCUAUUGGAGAGUCUGUGAUGUUCCCUGCUGUGAGUGGUUCUAGUCUGUCAGGCCAGUCCCUCUCCCUCCCACCACGUGGCUCUAGUCCGUCAGGCCAAUCUCUCCCACCAUACAGCCUAGUGUCACUCAUACUCGUCUCGAUGAGGGGUCUAGGAAUGGCGAUGUGUGAAAAGUACAGAGCUCCCUUUGAACGGGAAUUUGCUCGGAAACAGUCUGUUGGUGUGUAUGAGAUGUCACUCCUCGACAAGGGUGUAUUCAGACUCAUACAAGGAUGGGUGGAGCGAAACCUACGAAAGAAAAUAGACCCUCAGAGACAAAGCUCGUUCCUAGUGUGCAGUGAGGGUGUGGAGAGUGUGAAGAGUGGGCUGGCUAUUGGGAACAGUAUUGUCGGCUAUGCCUACCUCGUGGAUAAAGAGGGGCGUGUCCGGUGGAAAGCUCACGCUACUCCAAAUGAGAGGGAGAUUAAAGCCUUGAUAAAGUGUACCAAGACUCUUAUGAAUGACUCAAAAAACUCAAACAACAGAUAGUAUUAUUUUUGUAACAAGUCAUUGUUGCUCUAAUUGUGAGUAAAAAUUGUAAUGUAAAGAAAAA